AUGAAAUUCACUUUUCUGUUGGUACUAGUAGCUUACUCAGAAGCAGCUACUUUCAACAUCAACAACAAAGACGGAGGCCCAAUUUGGAUUGGAAUCCAAGGAAAUCCUGGCAAAGAGAAUUUGGCCAAUGGCGGCUUUAAGCUCCCCCAAGGAGAAUCUAGAACUCUAUAUGCCGCUGACGAUUGGGCUGGAAGAUUCUGGUCCAGGACUUGGUGCUACGAAGAUCAAGGCAAUCAUUGCUUGACAGGGGAUUGCGGCAAUGUUGUAGAGUGUAAUGGGGCUGGUGGUACUCCUCCUGCAACUCUUAUCGAAUUUACUUUAAAAGGUUACGGUGGGUUGGAUUAUUACGAUAUUUCUUUGGUUGAUGGCUACAACAGUAUGGCUUCAGUGGAACCAAUCAAUGGUCAAGGUGAUGGUGGCCAAUACAGUUGCAAAAAAGCCCAGUGUGCCACUCAGAUCAACUCGAUUUGCCCUGGGGAGCUUCAAGUGCACAACGAAGACAAUUCGGUGGUGAUUGCUUGUAAUUCGGCCUGCAACGCUUUCCACACGGACGAGUAUUGUUGUUCUGGAUCGCACAGUACUCCGGAAACUUGCAAAAGUUCCGAUUGGCCUACAAAUUAUCCGGCCAUUUUCAAAAAUGCUUGUCCAGAUGCUUAUAGUUAUGCUUACGAUGACCAUAAGAGUACUUUUACUUGUAAGGCUAGCGAGUAUACUAUUAACUUUGGAGCAGCAUAA